AUGAUCGAAGUUCAGGACCUCAUUGUCUCGAGAGGGGGAGAUCCCAAAAAAGUGAUUGAAAGUCUGCAAAAGCGAUACGCCCCCACCGAGAUCGUCGACGAGGUCAUUGCGCUCUGGAACGACGCCUAUCAGACACGGUACAAGGCCAGCCAGUAUGGCGCAAAGAUCAAUGCGGUCCAAAAAGAGAUCGGGCAGUUGAAGAAAGCAAGGCAAGACGCGGACCAUCUGCUACAAGAAAAGAUCAACCUGGAAAAGGAGAAGAAGAAGGUCGAAGAGGAGGCCGUAGAGAAGGAGAAGUUGAGAGACCGCAAGUGCAAGCUGAUUGGCAAUUAUGUGCACGAGUCGGUGCCGGUCAACGAUAAUGAGGACUUUAAUGAGGUGGUGAAGAAAUGGGCUCCGGAAGGCUUCACGGAAGAAAAACGAGACUGUCUCUCCCACCAUGAGGUGAUGACCCGGGCAGAAGUCUACGAUGGCGAACGAGGCGUCAAGCUGGUCGGUCAUCGAGGGUACUUCCUUCGCAAAUGGGGCGUCCUGCUGAACCAAGCCCUCAUCAACUACGGCCUGCACUUCCUCGUCUCCAAGGGCUACGAUCCCCUACAACCACCCUACUUCAUGAAGGCAGAAUACAUGGCCAAAACCGCACAGCUGGAGCAAUUCGAUGAAGAGCUUUACAAGGUCGUUGAAGACAAGGACGCAGAGGACAAGUUUCUCAUUGCGACCUCGGAACAGCCCAUUUCAGCAAUGUUCGCCGAAGAGUGGUUGACGGAAAAGGAUCUGCCCAUGAAAUUUGCAGGCUAUUCUUCGUGUUUUCGCAAGGAGGCUGGUGCCCACGGAAGAGAUGCCUGGGGGUUGUUUCGCAUACACCAGUUUGAGAAGGCAAGACUUUCCAUCAUUCCAAGAAACUCCCGCCCGCUCGUGCUAACAGGAACGUCUAUCCAGAUCGAACAAUUCCUCUUUGUCAAACCCGAAGAGUCCUGGCAAGCACUGGAAGACAUGAAAUCCAUUGCCGAAGAGUUCUACCAAUCCCUGAAGCUCCCCUACCGGGUGGUGGCGAUCGUUUCGGGCGCACUCAACAACGCAGCGGCGAAAAAAUACGACCUGGAAGCGUGGUUCCCGUACCAGGGCGAAUACAAAGAACUCGUGUCCUGCUCAAAUUGCACUGACUACCAGACGCGAGAGCUGGAGAUCAGGUACGGACAGAAAAAAGGCGCCAUCGACACGAGGAAGGGGUACGUUCAUGCCCUGAACGGAACGCUGUGUGCUACAGAGAGGACCUUGUGCUGUCUGGUGGAGAACUAUCAAAAAGAAGACGGCAUUGAAGUGCCCGAGGUCUUGAAACGGUAUAUGCCACCCGGGACGCCGGACAUCAUUCCAUACACAAAGGAAUUGCCCAAAGAUACGACCUCGGCAAAGGUCAAGCAACCAGCCAAGCCAAAGGCAGGAGGCGCACCUGAAGGUGGCCCCAAGCGAGACAUGCCGGCGGCGGAGAAUGUCGCGGACAAGAUGAAGAACAUGAGUGUGUAA